GUGAUGUGCAUCGCAAAUGAUCCGGUUCGGUAUCUCUAAAAUUCGACUAUUGUCGUGUCAUUCAAAUGGUACAAAUACAACUUCCUAGUCAACUCAAAUGGCGUGCGAGUGUGUUACUUAAUUAUUAAUCCCUGCGAUUUAAUUACCACCUUUCCCUGCCACCAUGAUCACCUAUAAAACUCUCCUACGACAUGGUUACUCAACGUAUUUAGCUUUCCGCCACCAUGAAGCAUUGGAAACGACGCUCUUCCGCUGUUUUCGCGAUCGUCCUGCAAGUGCUGGUACUCCUGCUACCCGAUCCUGCAGUUGCCAUGACGAUGGAGCAGUUCUUGACCUCGCUAGACAUGAUCCGCAGUGGCUGUGCGCCGAAGUUUAAGCUCAAAACAGAAGAUCUCGAUCGGCUUCGCGUGGGUGAUUUCAACUUUCCGCCAUCGCAGGAUCUUAUGUGCUACACAAAGUGUGUGUCUUUGAUGGCGGGCACUGUGAACAAAAAGGGGGAGUUCAACGCUCCCAAGGCGCUGGCCCAACUUCCGCAUCUGGUUCCCCCGGAAAUGAUGGAGAUGUCCAGGAAAUCCGUUGAAGCUUGUCGGGAUACGCAUAAACAAUUUAAGGAAUCUUGCGAGAGGGUCUACCAGACGGCCAAGUGCUUCUCUGAAAACGCCGAUGGGCAGUUCAUGUGGCCUUAAAAAUGUUUCUGGAAACUAAAUUCAUACUGGUUCAUCCUUUAAUGACCAAUCCUUGGAUGAUUGCUUUAUUAUCUAUGUUGAAAUCAUCAAAUAGAAUUGGAAUUCGUAAAACAUAAAUUAUGACAAGAAAGGAAGUUAGCUUCAAAAAGCCGAAGUAUAUACUUAUAUACCCUUGCAGUAAUAUGAUGUUGAUUAAAUUGAAACCAAAAUUUAUAUAUUAAAGACAACUUAUGUAUACAGAAUAACAUCAAUUUAUGAUUAAAAACGACGAAACUGU